CACAAGUGGAGUGGUUGAGCGACAUGUUGGUCAAGUAGAGCAGCAGUCAUUGAAGGUACCUUGACCUACAACCUACUGAUCAUUGAUCAAGAUGCGGAAAUAUUGGAAGCUUCUGUUGGUUGCUACCGCAGUCGUUAGUGCUGGGUUCUUUCUGUUUUAUAAACACCAGUAUGAUCGACUGCUAAGUGUCCUUCAGGUGCUGGACACAUUCGGCAGUCCGAGCUCGGCCACAGUGGCGCCGCCCACCGACGACCUGGCCUGGGACGGCGACAGCUGGCAGCAGGUCACGCCCACACUCUUCAUAUUCUCGUCGUACGUGUCGCACGGCUCCGGCGUGGUGACGCUGGCGGCGGCGAUCGGCCAGCCGACGGCCGACCAGCUCUCCUGCUGGGUGUGGGUGGAGGGCGCCGGCGCCGCCGCCGGCACCGUCUCCCUGCAGCGGCUGCCGGCCGAGCCGGACGCGCCGUUCGCCGGCUGGCGGCUGGUGUGCGCGUUCGACGGCUACCGGGCGCCGUACGCGGUGGGUUACCGGGCGCGCUCGGCGGCCGGCCGCCAGCCGGCGGUGUCAGCGGUGGGCCGGCGCGACUGGCCCGGGCCGCGCGGACAGCUGGGCGCCUGUCUGAUCCCCUCCGACUGGGCGUCCGGCGACGUGGACCGGCUGGCCGAGUUCGCCGCCUUCCACGCGGCCAUCGGCCUGUCGCGGCUCUGGGUGUACGAGCCGGCGCCGGGCCGCGCCGUCAGCCAGCUGCUGCUGCGCGCCGCCGGCGCACUGCCCACCCGGCUGGUGCGCUGGGACUUUCCGCUGCGGCUGGAGACGCCGGUGGCGCAGCGGACGGCCACCGACCUGCUGCGCCGCGACUGCAUGGUGCGCACCUCGGGCCGCGUGGAGCACGUGCUGGCGCUGAACGUGACGCAGCUGGUGGUACCCCGGCGACACGACACCAUUCAGGAGAUGGUGCGCGCCACCGAGGAGCAGAUGAGGCGGCCCGGCGCCGCCUCCUUCAGCCUCUCACAGGAGUGGUUCUGCACGGACGCCAAGGACGGUCCGUACGCGCACAAGCCGCCGGAGCUGACUCUCAGCAGCAAGACGUCGCUGCUGAGCGAGCGGACGGUGCGCGGCGCGGUGCGGCUGGUGCGUCCCGAGGCGGUGGCCGACCCGGUGUCGGCCGGCGCCUGGACCACGCCCGACGAGCGGCCGCCGCAGCUGAACCCGCUGGUGGCCGCCGUCCACCUGUACAUCGACUGUGGCGCAGAGGCGGCCGCGCAGGCCACCGCCUUCGAGGGCGCCGCCGUCCGCUUCAAGACUCGUCUGGUCAACGCGCCGCUGUUUGUGAGCUACAAGCAGAUUCGCGACGCCACUCUGCGAGGCGACCCUCCGGCCAAGACGAACGGGACGCACCACGCUGAGCCGCCGCUGCCUCUGCCGGUGGGCGGGCGCUGAGUGGCGGAGGGUGCAAAAGAGGAUUCACACAUGGUCAGUCAGAGAUACGGGGAAUGGAGCGUGGGCAGGGGUCGGUACUCUUAGCCGCAACGGCCGGUAGUGACGGGGAAUGGAUGUGAGGGGUGCACAUCAUGAGGGUAUCACAGGGAUGUGAGGGUAUCAGAGAUAGAUUUGCUGUAUCAUGAGAACGCUAACGGACAGAUCUCAGUAGUCCGAUAGCCCACUGGUAGAAAAAGAAUGACAACUGUGGCCGUAUUCACAAUCAAGGGUUAAGGGGUAGGGGUAGGAGCAACGGGUAACGAGCUAUUUUUGAUGCCGUAUUCACAAUCGAAGUUUACCUCUGAUGGUCGUCCGGCGUUACGCAGACGGCGCCUGGCCUGCGUGGUGCCCUCUGCGUGGAGCCGGGCAACUAUCAGAGGUAAACUUCGAUUGUGAAUACUGCCAGAAAAUAGCCCGUUACCCGUUACUCCUACCCCUAACCCGUGAUUGUGAAUACGAUUACGGACACUGGUGGGAAUCAUUAAGGUAUUUCUCUGAUGGUUAGAUUGAAGCCUUUUACCGCUCUGCAACAUUUCAGCAUUUAUAUCGGCAUUUUUGACGCUCUGAUUACUAUAAGUGCCGUUUUCUGAUUCAUAAUUUUCUAUUACCCGUCCUUUGGAGAUUCUACUACAAGGAAAGUUUUCAUUCAACUGAUGGGCAUUAUUAUUUGAUUGUAUUCAGUGUGACAACUAUAUUGGGUUGUCUACCUGUCGAGCCGCGAGUACCACUGCUCAGUCAAACCCUCCAUUGAUACCUGUCCGGGAUUUACCGGGUGUUGAACUAUCCGGCCGGAGGUGCAUGUCGUGUCCAGGACCAGCCGGUGCCUUCCGUUAGUCCAAGUUAGUCCAACCGUGGCCUCCUACCUGCCGUCCCAGUCUAGCAUGCAUGGUGUGUGCCUGAUGUUUGUACGCACGGUUUUGUGUAUACUCGUAUGUGCAGAAUGCAAGUGCGUGAUGUCUAACAUAUCCUAGACAUCGCUCUUGCGCUUGACAUUCUGCGCUUGGUACUCAUUUAGCAAUAGCUUGCACUGCGAUGGUGCAUUUUAGACAGAGUUUUGACCAAGUCUGAUGCAUUGGCUGUCUGGGGUUGGGACCUUGGGGAGUGAUCUUGACUCGUCAUUGUAGUGUGUAUAUCAAGACAGUCAUGCGAGUUGAGAAAGCAUUUUGCCGUUGGUCAGCCUACGCGAUGUGACCAAUGUAGAGUUGGGAUCAGUGGUGGCCGGUGGGUGAGUUCAUUGCCGAAUGUUAUGCAUGAUGUUGAUGUACGGCCCUCCAGCAAAAGAGUGGUUGGUUAGCCUAUGUGCUUUUGGUGUAAUAACUUCAAAUGACAGAGACACUCCUGUAAAAUGACUCAAUAGAAAUGAGAAGAGGGUUCGUGCACACAUUUCGACAAUGGUUUUCAACAGCCAUUGGACCUAUUCAUCAAUGCAGAUCGAUUAUUGUGAUGUAAAUGUUGGCAACCAACCACUUAAUACCUGGAGGGCCGUACAAUGUACAUAUCAGAGAACUGUCCUUGUACGCACUUCCUAUAUAAGAUAUUUUCGUGAGACGAACUCCUUCGAUAUCCCUUACCUAAUCCUCUGGUUCUUUCUAUCCACAUAACGCACGAACAAGCUCAGACUUCGGCUGUCUCUAACAGCUCCCCAAUUUAGACUAGGGCGGGAUGUGGUACGUCCUUUUAAACGAUACCCGUCAUUUACGGAUUUUGAGGAAAGCGUCCACUGUGCGGUGUAUGUGAUGUGCUGCCGACCGAGCUUAUAUAACGAAGAAGCGCGUCGUGUGAAUCGUUGUGUAGGCUGUUUUUGUGAUCUUUGUGAUAUACGUAGACGCCGUGGGGUGCUCCGUAUGAGCGCAGUCAGAUGGUAUGCUGUUCGAUUCUAUGCACAUCACAUCAAUGGUGGGUCUCGUCAGUGUGUACGGUUCACCCGCGGCUGUGCACCGCUAUGCACAUAUGGGCAUAUCCGACCACUUCUGGCACAAUGUUUACAAUUGAAUGUGUUCACAGUCGUGAUGAUCAGUUUGUGGCCUAUUGAAUCGUGCCUUGUACAGUUUGUAAAUGCCAUACCAAGUCGUGCCAGCCACCUGAAAUAGUCAGCAUGCCUUUUCGAAGCGCAAUAAAUAAUGUGGUGA